AACAUAAGAUAAAAAUUUCUUUAAUUUAUCAUUUAAUUUUUAACUUGAUUUAUAAUUCGGAUCUUGGAUUUGGUGACCCAUUAGUGCUGUAAGAUGGCUUGGAAAAAAGUGCUUUUUGUUUUGGGGGUGGUGUGUUCUACAUGCUUCGCAAAAAGCAUAGAAAGUGGCGAUGAAGCCAUGCAUAAUCCCGACCUAUUUGAAGGGGAUAUCUUGGGUAUACCUCCUGACGACAGAAAUGCCGUGGUUGAAAAGCAUAGAGUAUGGCCCAACGGUCGCAUCCCUUACACUAUUGAUCCAAAACUAAAACCUCAAGAACCUCAGAUCUUGGAAGCCAUGAAGCACUAUGCCGACAAAACUUGCAUCCACUUUGUUCCGAAAGAGGAAAAAGAUAUACAGUAUGUCCGUAUCUUUCCAGGAAGAGGCUGCUAUUCACAUGUCGGUAAAACACUGAACGAUCAGCCUCUGUCCCUGGGGCCGGGUUGCUUCAAAUUCGGAAUCAUCGUCCACGAGCUCGGACACGCGGUGGGGUUCUACCACGAGCACUCUCGAUCGGACAGAGACGAUUACCUCGACAUUCAUUAUGAGAACAUACAGAAAGGUAUGGAAAGUCAAUUUGUGAAGCUUCGCCCUAAGCAGAAUCAGCUAUUGACACCUUUUGAUUAUGAAUCAAUCAUGUUGUACGGAGAAACUGUCUUCAGCAAAAGCCACUACGACGGUUUAAAGACGAUGACAGCUAAAGAUGGUCGCAAGCUGCAGGAUGUAACGGAUAAACCAGGACUCAGUUAUGAUGACAUAAGACGAAUUUCCAAACUGUACAAUUGUCCAAAAAUAAGGUUGUAAAAUAGUAAAGAAAUAAAGAUGUUUGAAUUAUA